AUGGAGUCAUCAAGCAGGUCCGACGAGAAAGGCCCAACGAAGCCGGACUCGACGGCGUCGCUUCCAUCCCAGUCAGCGGCCUCGGAAGGUGGCUCAAGCCUCCCGCCGCUGCCCACUCGCUCAGCGGCCUCGGAGGUGCUGCUGGUGCCCGAGCUGCGUCAGCGCAUACUGCGGCAUCUCAACCGCAAGAGUCUGGCAUGUUUCAUGCGGGUCGAUCGCAAAUUCAUGUUCGAUGUGGCCACGGAGCUAUAUCAUACGAUGGACUAUGGCUGGGUGAGAAGUCACAUGGCCAUGACCACGGAGCGUCAACGGACUUACUGCAUGGCCGUACGGGUGAUUGAUGGCCGCGGGGACAAGCUCAAGCUGGCCCCCGCUAUGCUCCAUCAAAUGAGCCUCGUCCACGAUCCCAAGGCCAAGCCUCGUGAACGACGGGACGCUACCGCGGAAUUCCUCUCCAUCUACCGCACCGAGGUCUUCAAACUCGUCGUCCCACCCAUGCUGCGCAAGUGCCCGGGCUUGCGCGUGAUGCACCUCGGCGCUGAGCGGCGACCCUUCGGCGGACAGUCCUGGACCGUACGGUUCGAUCCACCUGGCGUAAUCUCCAACGAUUCCCUCGGUAGCGGCCACAUCGAUUUCUACGAAACCCUGUGCGCUGAGCAGAGGAGCUCCCUGACCUCGGUGACCGCUGUCAAGGCUCCUGAACCCCCCUCCCAAAACUACACAAUCAGCCUGCGGUUCGAUCUAUCUAUGGAAGAGCCAUACGUGCGCAUGGGGACCACCCGCUUCAUCAAUAAACAGUGGUCGGAGGCGUUAGGGAGGGAUCCAGCCUUCGGCCACAUCCACAAGGCGGUCGGGCUCGGAGACGUCGAGAUCACCUUUGCUGAUCUCGCCUCUCUGUACGCCCGGCAAAUCUCCCUCGGCUACACGGAACGUCUCGAGGUCAUAAACGCGCCCUAUAUCGCACCAUGGGCGGUCACGGAUCUUCGGUCGUUCUCGGUCGUCGCCGGUGCCACGCUCACCUCGCUCGACCUAGUCACCUGUAAAGCCAUGUCCAGGCAGUACGAGACCAAGGUAGACUUUGCCGACCUACCCGGCAUCCUCUCGGUCGUCACCGGUCAUCUUCCCCUCCUGCGCACGCUUCGGAUCCCUCUGAACGGCGUGCAGGCUGCCGAGAAGAUUUGCGGAGAUCUUCUUGGUCCGGACGCGCUGGAGGACGGUGGAAGGCUUACCACCCUUCGCAUCGUUGUCACGGGGCGAAACAAGCCUAUCCCCAUGCUCAACACCCUGCGGUAUGUCAGCAGGGCGUGCGAGCCGACCGCUAAGGUGAUGAUGACCCCUGCCUCUCUAUUCGGCGAUAUGAGCGAUUCUGGUAGCGAUAGUGAUGAGGAGUUGCAAUGGAAGGGAAAGGAUCAACAAGCGUGCUAUCGCUUCCUUCGCGCGCAGCCUGCAUCAUUUCGUGCCCACCUCGCCGUUGUCAAUUUCGCGGACUUGGGCGUCAAGCGAGUGGAGGAAGUGUCGAAGCUGGGCUGUCACAGCGAUGGGCGCCCGCUAGGCCUAUGGGAGGAGCGGGUGGGGGCAUUGAUGGAGGAGAUAAGGUCGGGAAAUAUGCGGCGGGGGCAGGGCGAGUCUCAAUCCCCCGCUCAGGCGCAAUUUGAGGCGGAGAUGAGGCGGAUGGCAGGGAUGGCUCCGAGCGCAACUUCGGAGCAGAUGCUGCCGGUGGUGAGAAAGGCCUAUAAGCUCUUCUAUGAUGUCCGAGGCUCGCUAUCUUCUGGCGCUAGAAUGACAUUGGGGGCCGGUUUCGCCGGCCUCUUACGCGAUCUUAAGAGGAUCCUGGGUAGUCGUGACCACUCGGACUUCUCUGGCGACUCGUCUGAAGAGGACGCUUUCUUCGAUUAG